CUCAGCCUCCCAUCUACAGACAUCAUGAAAUGGGCUCUAUCUGAAUGGCACUUAAUGUGGAUUUGUAUUCAGUACAGCAGCCAGCAGUGAAGAGAACGAAUCUCUUACAAAGCCGCGUUUUGCCACGCAACCUUAUGAAUUGCUGUCAAAAGUACCUCGAAAGAACUAAAGAUAAACAGGAUUUUUUCCUUGAUGUAUAGUGUUGCUGUUUAGAAAGACGUCCUCUGAUUGAACAUAAAGGGGAAAUUAGUUACAUCAGAGCUGACAGCACCGUGAACUACAUUAAGGCCUUAGGGGAACAGUGAUAACUUCUCUCUCCUUACGAGCCGGCGACCAUGGUCCCCCAGAAGGCUGACUUGGACAUUUUGCCAGGUCAGGAUGUGGUGGAGAUGCCAGUGAAGAAGCCGAACAGUGAGCGGGACGAGGAGAGUCCUGAUAGGUCUCUGGCUGAGGGUGCAGGGGGGGGACGUAUCCCCCUGCGCAAGUGGGUCAUGCAUGGAGCUGUCAUGUUCGGACGAGAGUUCUGCUACGCCAUGGAGACAGCCCUGGUCACACCAGUCUUACUGCAAAUAGGUGGGUACCAAUGGAGGGUGUUAGUUGUAACUCGACCACUAAAAAUGGAUCAACAAAGGCAUUUCAUAUAUACACUUUUUGAUAAUUGUUUGCCAAUUGGUUACCAAAGAUUGGUCCCAACCCAGUCUCUGUUAGGUUUACUCCAUCAUAAGGGCUGGGAGUUAUGUGGGGCUAUGUUAACUAUCUGCACACUUUGCACAGGCAGUAUAACAGACAGGGGCCAUUACUAGGUUUGUCACCAAUGCAGAAAAUAACAAUGGCUUCUACAAAGUUUGGUAGGGAGGGCGAGAAUGUGUGUCUGCACAUUUGUCAGCCUGUUUUCCCGCCGGGAAGAGUUUUGUAGUAAAGGGAUUUGCCAAACUCCGUCCCUAUGAUGUAAUGUCUAUGUACAGUUUAGGAUACAUGGAUAAUAGGUCUCUAUGCUAGCUUUAUCUACACAGCAUAGAACAGCUCCACAUUUCUUUCAAUGUAUGAUGAACAUUGUAGGCAGACAUUUUCACACAGCAAAGGGUUAGCUACAAAUUAACUAGUAUUGGAUAACAUAGGCUUAUCUAAAUCAGAUCCUUCAGGAUUGUCAUAAUAGAAGUAAACGUGAGUGCACAUAAUAAUGUUUCGAAAUACUGGUAAAAGUUUUUUUUUUUAACCCUUUACACUCGUACCCGUAUACUGGUUGAAAAUGGCAGAUUUGGGCACUAAUAUGCGCCUAAAUUGGAACGCAGUGGCUGUACAGUAACAUGCUAUACAUGACGUCAGAGCUCGGUGGCUGUACAGUAACAUGCUAUACAUGACGUCAGAGCUCGGUGGCUGUACAGUAACAUGCUAUACAUGACGUCAGAGCUCGGUGGCUGUACAGUAACAUGCUAUACAUGACGUCAGAGCUCGGUGGCUGUACAGUAACAUGCUAUACAUGACGUCAGAGCUCGGUGGCUGUACAGUAACAUGCUAUACAUGACGUCAGAGCUCGGUGGCUGUACAGUAACAUGCUAUACAUGACGUCAGAGCUCGGUGGCUGUACAGUAACAUGCUAUACAUGACGUCAGAGCUCGGUGGCUGUACAGUAACAUGCUAUACAUGACGUCAGAGCUCGGUGGCUGUACAGUAACAUGCUAUACAUGACGUCAGAGCUCGGUGGCUGUACAGUAACAUGCUAUACAUGACGUCAGAGCUCGGUGGCUGUACAGUAACAUGCUAUACAUGACGUCAGAGCUCAGUGGCUGUACAGUAACAUGCUAUACAUGACGUCAGAGCUCUGACUCUGCGCUUCACAGCUCUGUAUGGGUUUUGAAUGGGUUUGUAUGAGUUGAAUUGGUCAACUUUUGUAAAUUCUUUGUUGUCUGAGUGAGGGAAAUGCUGUAAAUUAAGAUGACUCUGUAUUUUGAAAGAUGAGACGUUGAGGAUUAUACUAAAUACCACUUUGAUGUCAUACAAGCAAGCCAAACCGUGUUAGGUGGGACAACCACAUACUACAGGCAUAGAAAUAAAUGUUUUCCUCAAUAACGUAGUUGUCAGAGUCAGAGCUAGAAGAGGGGGAGGAUUAUUUAAGAUACUGUUUGAAGAGGUAGGGUUUCAGAUGUUUUCGGAAGAUGGGCAGGGACUCUGCUGUCUUAGCUUCAGGGGGAAGCUGGUUCCACCAUUGGGGUGCCAGGACAGAGAACAGCUUGGACUGGGCUGAGCGGGAGCUGCCCUCCUGUAGGGCUAGGAGGGCCAAGAGACCUGAUGUGGCAGAACGGAGUGCUCAGGUUGGAGUGUAGGGUUUGAGCAUAGCCUGAAGGUAGGGAGGGGCAGUUCCUCUUGCUGCUCCAUAGGUAAGCACCAUGGUCUUGUAGUGGAUGCGAGCUUCAACUGGAAGCCACUGGAGUGUGCGGAGGAGCGGGGUGACAUGAGAGAACUUGGGAAGGUUGAAAACCAGGCGGGCUGCAGCGUACUGGAUAAGUUGCAGGGGUUUGAUGGCACAAGCGGGGAGCCCAGCCAACAGCGAGUUGCAGUAGUCCAGACGGGAGAGGACAAGUUCCUGGAUUAGGACCUGCGCCGCUUCCUGUGUGAGGUAGGGUCGUACUCUACGGAUGUUGUAGAGCAUGAACCUGCAGGAGCAUGUUACUGAAUGUAUCCAGAGUAUUUUCAGAUUUCAUUAUCAACAAAUGUGGAGUAAAUGUAAAAUCAACAGUGUAACGGUUGGAUUCAGUCUUGUGAACUGUUGUGUACUCUCCUUUGGUCUAGUAAUUGUCCCAUUAUCUCUAAACUCUUCCCUUUCAAUUGCUACCAAGAUUAUGCAUAUGCUUUUCAUAUUUUGUUCUGUAGGAAACAUUUCAAUUUAGCCCUAUCCAUAUAGGCCAAUUCCCAUGAGUGUAAAAGGUUAAGUCUUGGUGACAUUUCCCACUAUUCCCUUGAGUAUAACCUAGUCCCAGUCAUUCAUUACGGGCCCCUGAUGUGUAGCCUACGUUGAACUACUUUUCCUUGGUAUUUAUGAGAAGGACAAUGUCACAGACAUGUUGGUGAGAACAUCUGACUUGAUGCCAGCUUCUCAUAUGUUGUUCAUGUUCUGAGAUGUCCUUGCUGUCUCUGCCAGGCCGGUUCCCCUCUCCACUGGGGUUCUCUGCCUCUAACCCUGUUGCAGGGGCUGAGUCACUGGCUUGCUGGUGCUCUUUCAUGCCGUCCCUGGGAGGGGUGCGUCACUUGAGUGGGUUGAGUUACUGACGUGAUCUUCCUGUCUGGGUUGGCGCCCCCCCCUUGGUUUGUGCUGUGGUGGAGACCUCUGUGGGCUAUACUCGGCCUUGUCUCAGGAUUGUAAGUUGGUGGUUGGGGAUAUCCCUCUAGUGGUGCGGGGGCUGUGCUUUGGCGGAGUGGGUGGGGUUAUAUCCUUCCUGUUUGGCCCUGUCCGGGGGUUUCUUCGGAUGGGGCCACAGUGUCUCCGGACCGCUCCUGUCUCAGCCUCCAGUAUUUAUGCUGCAGUAGUUUAUGUGUCGGGGGGCUGGGGUUAGUUGGUUAUACCUGGAGUACUUCUCCUGUCUUAUCCAGUGUCCUGUGUGAAUUUAAGUAUGCUCUCUCUAAUUCUCUCGUUCUCUCUUUCUCUCUGAGAACCUGAGCCCUAGGACCAUACGUCAGGACUACCGGGCAUGAUGACACCUUGCUGUCCCCAGUCCGCCUGGCCUUGCUGCUAUUCCAGUUUCAACUGUUCUGCCUGCGGCUACGAAACCCCUACCUGUCCCAGACCUGCUGUUUUCAACUCUUAAUGAUCGGCUAUGAAAAGCCAACUGUGAGACCUGAGCCCUAGGACCAUACGUCGGGACUACCGGCCGUGGUGACUCCUUGCUGUCCCCAGUCCGCCUGGCCUUGCUGCUAUUCCAGUUUCAACUGUUCUGCCUGCAGUUAUGGAACCCCUACCUGUCCCAGACCUGCUGUUUUCAACUCUUAAUGAUCGGCUAUGAAAAGCCAACUGAGAUUUAUUCCUGAUUAUUAUUUGACCAUGCUUGUCACUUAUGAACAUUUUUGAACAUCUUGGCAUGGUUCUGUUAUAAUCUCCACCCGGCACAGCCAGAAGAGGACUGGCCACCCCUCAUAGCCUGGUUCCUCUCUAGGUUUCUUCCUAGGUUUUCGCCUUUCUAGGGAGUUUUUCCUAGCCACCGUGCUUCUACACCUGCAUUACUAGCUGUUUGGGGUUUUAGGCUGGGUUUCUGUACAGCACUUCGAGAUAUUAGCUGAUGUAAGAAGGGCUAUAUAAAAUAAAAUUGAUUGAUUGAUUGAUUGAGAGAGUUAUAAAAGUCUGUCCAGAAGCCAGUGACAUUUCAAUAGCCAUUUUACUGCUCAGACUGAGCAACAAACUAGGUCACAUUCAGUGCAUUCCACUCCAUAAACGCAACAAGCUACGCAUUUAGCCUUUCCUGAUCAAAUUCAAACGUGCACUCUACCUAGCAUUUAUUGUGUUUCCAGUUGCACUAUCUCUGUUCUGUUGUUGCCAUAGCUCUGCAAGGCCUAUUUCACUGUAGCGUUCCUACAGGGGGAAGUCUCGCAGUGAUAAAGAUUGUCAGUUUGUUUCCAGACUUCUUCCAGCAAGUUGUGUCUUGCGUGAGGACUCUAUCUAGGUCAAUGAACAACCGGCUUGUAGAAACAGGUCCUCUUGUUUUUCCUUUUUAGUGACAAUUCUCUAACACACAUUCUCACACAUUCUAGUGGGAGACGUACAAUGAUUGUUGUUUAAUGUGUAGGCCUACUGAAGUAGAGCAUCAGUAGCAUAGCCUUCACCAUACUGCUCAGUAAAACAGCCUAGUUCUGAGCCGCGGUCUACAGUACAUCAGAGUGGAGAGUGAACAACACAUUACGUUGAGAUGAUUCCAGCCACCCACAAACCUCCUUUCACUUCACCUCACCUCACACGCCCCGAUUUGAAAUGCAUUUCCUCACCAAACCUGCUAGUGACUAUGGAAUGGCUAGACUGUGAUUCUAGCCUGUAGUGUUACUAUGAAGAACGCCCUUUAGGCUGCAGGCAAAAUAUUUUGUAAUAGCUGAACUUUUGACAGACAAAAACAAUUCAUUGAUGAAUGCUAAUACGAUUUAAUCCGCGAUCAGUCUCUCUGUGGCCAAAGCCUUAAGCAUAUUGACUGAAGUUUUUUAGUGUUUUUUUUAUCCUCCCAGGUCUUCCAGAGCAGUACUACAGCCUGACAUGGUUCCUGAGCCCCAUCCUGGGCCUGAUCCUCACCCCUCUCAUUGGUUCAGCCAGCGACCGCUGCACCCUGAAAUGGGGCCGCAGGAGACCCUUCAUCCUGGCACUCUGUGUGGGGGUGUUACUGGGAGUGUCUCUCUUCCUCAAUGGGUCCCUCAUAGGUGAGCCUAGUAUCCAUUGGUACUUAGUUUUGAGGGAGAUACUGGCUGAGUCCCAAAUGGCACCCUAUUCCUUAUAAAGUGCACUACAUUUGACCAUAGCCAUAGAGCCCUGUGGUCAAAAGUAGUGCACUAUAAAGGGAAUAGGGUGCAAUGUGGGACUCAGGCACUAUUUAAUCAUCAUAUAUUAGAAAUGUGAACCUCCCUUAGAUGCUCAUAAGAAAAAAACGUGUAUAUAGGCUACAAAUGAUAUUUUCUUCUGUAUUGUAAAGAUGAUGAUUCGUUGUAAUGAAAGCACUAUGCUAUAUAGAUAGAAUGCAUUAUUAUUGGUAUUUUUCUGUAUGCUCUAGGAUUAGCCCUCGGGGACGUUCCCAACAGUCAGCCCGUUGGGAUAGUGCUGACGGUGUUGGGUGUGGUGCUACUGGACUUCAGUGCAGACGCCUCAGAGGGGCCAAUCAGAGCCUACCUGUUGGAUGUAGCCGACACAGAGGAGCAGGACAUGGCCCUCAACAUACAUGCCUUCUCUGCAGGUACACUAUGCUGCCGUAGUUGUAUUGGCUCCUUCUCCAUAGUCUGUCUGUGGUUCUUUGUGUUCGGAGGGAAGGGAGAAGAGGAUUUAAGGACCCUACAAGCACAUUUCCUCUCCUCAUAUCCUGUUCUCUUUCUCCGCUUUCGUCUGAUGUUUUGAGGAGGAGGCAGGGAGAGGGCGGGAGGAGAGACCACUAAGACACUUUAUAGAAUCACUAUGUAACUGGGGGUGGUGAAUGCCAAAUCCACAGUUACUCUAUAACGGUUCUUCUUGCACAAUGUUACAUUAAGAGGGCUAUAAAAGUUGUGUCUCAUGUCACUUUUGAGUUCUUUGCGUUUUAAUUUCAUGUUGUUGAAGCUGGUGUGUAUGAUCGGUGGCGCUACAUGUUUGGAAUGUGAGGCCACAUGGAGCUCCCUCUAAACAAAUACAAUCUUUACCUUUAUUGGUCACGAUUGCUCCCGUGAUGAUUCCCUGAGGGGAAAUAACCAAAAACACAUAAUGACACUAAUUUAUCAUCUGCAUUUUGUUUUGACAUUGUGUUUUUGGCAGGGCUGGGAGGAGCGGUCGGCUACAUGCUGGGUGGCCUGGACUGGACCAGCACCAUCCUGGGCACGGCCUUCAAGUCCCAGGAGCAGAUCCUGUUUGUGUUUGCUGCCGUCAUCUUCACCAUAUCUGUGAUUCUACACAUGUUCAGUAUCAAGGAGGAGAGUUUUGAGGCUCGUGAUGACACUCCGGGAGAGGGAGACUCCGACAGCCUGUCCUCUUCAGGGAGACUGAAGGGGGGCUUGGCGGGGCCUCGUAGUAUACCUCAGCUGGACAUUAUAGGAGAGGAGGACGCCCAGUCAGCGAGAGAGGUCUUUAUCAACAUGGACAGGGUGAGGAGUAAGAGUGACUCGGUGCUGGCCAUGCCUGACGCCACCAUCGAGCUGGACUCCGACCUGGACCAGGACGGUAAUUUCCUGGCCGACAUCGAGCCCUCCAUCUUCCAGGACUUCCAGGACUACCCCCAGGACUACCUCCAGGACUUCUACCCAGGCACUCCUCAUAGACCCUACAGCGGUUCGGGCAUCCAGGACCAGGAAGGCCCCCAGCCCCAGGUCCAGGCAGACAGCCAGCUGCCCCUCUUCCUUCAGGACCCCUCCCCCUACUACAGCAGGGAGUACAUGUUGCUUGACAACCAGGCCAACCAGGGAGCCAAGGGCCUCAACGGGGCCUCAGGGGCCACGGCCGUCCCCUCCAACCACACGGCCCGCGGUGCCAACAGCCAGGGCCGUAUGCCAGGCAUGAGGCCGUCCAACACCAGCACCACCGCCGGGUCACGCCGCUUCCCCCACACCUUCUACCGCCAGCCCUCAUUUACAUUCUCUUACUAUGGCCGCGUGGGUUCAGCACGCUACCGCCACCGCAGAAACACCAUGGGCAAUCCGGCCGGCGCCAACCUCCGCAUCAAGGCCUCGCAGAGCAUGAACGACAUCUACGAGCACAUGCAGAGGCGGCAGGAGAGGAGGGAGCUCCAGCAGAGCAGCAGCACGCUGUCCAGCGGUGACUCUGAGAGCGACGACGGGGCCGAGGGGGGUACCACGGUCAAGCUGCUGUGGCUGUCCAUGCUGAAGAUGCCCCCCCAGCUGCUGAGGCUCUGCGUCUGUCAUCUCCUCACCUGGUUCUCUAUCAUCGCUGAGGCCGUCUUCUACACAGACUUCAUGGGACAGGUCAUAUAUGCUGGAAAACCCACAGUAAGAACCUGUCCAGUCCCCCAUUGUAGUUCAUUGUUUAUUGUAGUUCAUUAUAGUUUGUAGUUCAUUUCAGUAAGAGAAUUAGCAAACUCUUCCUUUAUUUGUCCAUCUUUCUUCUACCCAAUCUACUGUUCCUGUUUUCCUUCCUUUUCUAUUACUACUUCUCUUUUAUAUUCUCUGUUUCCUCUCUGCAGGACAGGGAACCCUCUGAGAAUCACUAUGUCUCUGUCUCCUCUCUGCAGGACAGGGAACCCUCUGAGAAUCACUAGGUCUCUGUCUCCUCUCUGCAGGACAGGGAACCCUCUGAGAAUCACUAGGUCUCUGUUUCCUCUCUGCAGGACAGGGAACCCUACUGACAAGGGCUCAAGUUCUUUUAAAUGCCAAUGUAUUGUUUUUAACGGUACAACAUUACAAUUCUGAGAAUAUGCAGAAUUUUGCGCCACACAUUUCUUUCAGUUUGUGGACUUCUGUAUGUCCUAUUUUCUCCAUCUAGGCUCCUGCUAACUCCACUGGACUGCAGAACUACCAUAAAGGGGUUCAGAUGGGCUGCUGGGGACUGGUUGUCUAUGCUGCUACCGCUGCAGUCUGCUCAGGUAGGUCCUACUCUUUAGAGAAAUACACAGGAAAUACACAGUAUGGACAGCCACGUGUACAGUAUGGACAGCAACAUGGACAGCCACAUGUACAGUAUGGACAGCCACAUGCAAUAAACACAUUAAGGCAACGUGUACAGUAUGAACAGCAACGUGUACAGUAUGGACAGCAAGGUGUACAUUCUGGACAGCAACGUGCAAUAAACAAUUACAGCAACAUGCACAGUAUGUACAGCAACGUGAACAGCAACGUGAACAGCAACAUGUACAGUAUGAACAGCAACAUGUACAGUAUGAACAGCAACAUGUACAGUAUGAACAGCAACAUGCAAUAAACACAUUACAGCAACAUGUACAGUAUGAACAGCAACAUGUACAGUAUGAACAGCAACAUGCAAUAAACACAUUACAGCAACAUGUACAGUAUGAACAGCAACAUGUACAGUAUGAACAGCAACAUGCAAUAAACACAUUACAGCAACAUGUACAGUAUAAACAGCAACAUGUACAGUAUGGACAGCAACAUGCAAUAAACACAUUACAGCAACAUGUACAGCAACGUGAACAGCAACAUGUACAGUUUGAAGAAACUGACCCCCCCGAGGGGGCAGCAAAUGCAAUAAAAAAACAUUACAGCAAAAUGUACGUAUGUAAAGAAAAGUUCGUAUGAAAGAAACAUGUACAUAGGAAAAAGCAAUGUACAGAAAACAGAAAAAUGUACAGUAUGAACAGAACAGAAAAAACAUACAGCAACAUGUACAGGCAACGUGAAAGCAACAUGUACAAUAACAGGGAACAGUUUUAAUAUGGACAGCAACGCAAAAAAAAAUUUUAAAACAGUCAGCAACUGUUUUCGUAUGAAGCAACGCAGUAUGAACAGCAACAUGAAAAAAAAUUUACAGAAAAAUGUACAGUAAAAAGAACAGUACAGUAUGGGAAAGCAACAUGCAAUAAAACAUUAAGCAAAUGUAAGUUGAACCCCAAAACAGUACGUCAAAAAACAACAUUACGUAUGACCGCAACAGCAAAUAAACACAUUAAGCAACGUACAAGACGCAAAGUGACAGCAACAUGUACAGUAUGAACAGCAACACGUACAGUAUGGACAGCAACAUGCAAUAAACACAUUAAGGCAACAUGUACAGUAUGGACAGCAAUGUGUACAGUAUGGACAGCAAUGUGUACAGUAUGGACAGCAACGUGUACAGUAUGGACAGCAAUGUGCAAUAAACACAUUACAGCAACAUGCACAGUAUGUACAGCAACGUGAACAGCAAUGUGAACAGCAACAUGGACAGUAUGAACAGCAACAUGGACAGUAUGAACAGCAACAUGGACAGUAUGAACAGCAACAUGGACAGUACGAACAGCAACAUGGACAGCAACGUACAGUACGAACAGCAACAUGGACAGUACGGACAGCAACGUACAGUAUGGACAGCAACGUACAGUACGGACAGCAACGUACAGUAUGUACAGCAACGUGAACAGCAACAUGUACAGUAUGAAUAGCAACAUGUACAGUAUGGACAGCAACAUGCAAUAAACACAUUACAGCAGUAUGUACAGCAACGUGAACAGCAACAUGUACAGUAUGAACAGCAACAUGGACAGCAACAUGCAAUAACCACAUUACAGCAACAUGUACAGUAUGAACAGCAAUGUGAACAGCAGCAUGUACAGUAUGGACAGCAACACGUACAGUAUGGACAGCAACAUGCAAUAAACACAUUACAGCAACAUGUACAGUAUGAACAGCAAUGUGAACAGCAACAUGUACAGUAUGGACAGCAACAUGUACAGUAUGGACAGCAACAUGCAAUAAACACAUUACAGCAACAUGUACAGCAAUGUGAACAGCAACAUGUACAGCAAUGUGAACAGCAACAUGUACAGCAAUGUGAACAGCAACAUGUACAGUAUGAACAGCAAUGUGUACAGUAUGGACAGCAACGUGUACAGUACGAACAGCAACGUGUACAGCAACAUGAAAAGUACGGACAGCAACAUUAAAAGUACGGACACCAACAUGAAAAGUACGGACAGCAACAUGAAACAGCAACGUGUACAGUACGGACAGCAACAUGAAACAGUACGGACAGCAACAUGAACAGCAACGUGUACAGUACGGACAGCAACAUGAACAGCAACGUGUACAGUACGGACAGCAACAUGAAACAGUACGGACAGCAACAUGUACAGUAUGGACAGCAACGUGUACAGUAUGGACAGCAACGUGUACAGUACGGACAGCAACAUGAACAGCAACGUGUACAGAAUGAACAGCAACAUGAACAGCCACAUGUACAGCAUAGUAUGUAUACCAAAGAGUGAGGACUUGACUCACAAGCAGUAAAGUGGGUAGGAAGUACAAAGUACAUGCUACUUAAUGCAACUCAUUUGUGCCAACUUAAUAAUGUUGCGUAUGUUGUAUUUGUUGACAGCUGUGCUCCAGAAGUACCUGGACAACUACGACCUGAGCAUUAAGGUCAUCUACAUCCUGGGUACUCUGGGCUUCUCCCUGGGAACCGCAGUCAUGGCGAUCUUCCCUAACGUCUACGUUGCCAUGGUGAUGAUCAGUACCAUGGGCAUCAUCUCCAUGAGUAUCUCCUACUGCCCCUACGCUCUGCUGGGCCAAUACCACGAGAACAAGCAGGUGAGGAUCACUAUGGUUCACUAUAGAUCACUAUACACUGAGUGUACAAAACAUUAGGAACGCCUUCCUAAUAUUGAGUUGCACCCCCCCUUUUGCCCUCAGAACAGCCUCAAUUUGUCAGAGCAUGGACUCCGCAAGGUAUCAAGUAUUCCUCAGGGAUGCUGGCUCCAAUGUUUCCCACAGUUGUCAAAUUGUCUGGAUGUCCUUUGGGUGGGGGACCAUUCUUGAUACAUUCCUUCAAUGGCUAAUGGCUGAAGGCAAUGCCAAACGUCCGAUGGCUGUAGUGUAGCAGAGCCGUUACGUGAUUUCUGUCUCACGUCCUUUCUAUUAAAUGUUAACAUAGAACUACAUGUCCACAUGUCUUGUAGGGUUAAAUGAGACUAUACACUGAGUAUACCAAACAUUAGGAACACCUCAGAACAGCCUCAUUUCGUUGGGGCAUGGACUCUACAAGGUGUCGAAAGCAUUCCACAGGGAUGCUGGCCCAUGUUGUCUCUAAUGCUUCCCACAGUUGUCAAGUUGGCUGGAUGUCCUUUGGGUGGUGGACCAUUCUUGAUACACACAGGAAACUGUUGAGCUUGAAAAACCCAGCAGCGUUGCAGUUCUUGACACAAACCGGUGCGCCUGGCACCUACUACCAUACCCCGUUCAAAGGCACUUUAAAUAUUUUGUCUUGCCCAUUCACCCUCUGAAUGUCACACAUACACAAUCCAUGUCUCAAUUGUCUCAAGGCUUAGAAAUCAUUUUUUAACCUGUCUCCUCCCCUUCAUCUACACUGAUUGAAGUGGAUUUAACAGGUGACAUCAAUAAGCUCAUAGCUUUCACCUGGUCAGUCUGUCAUGGAAAGAGCAGCUGUUCAUAAUGUUUUGUACACUCAGUGUAGAUGACUAUGGUUCACUAUAGAUCUUAACAGACCUAGUUAGUACAUUAUGUUGGGCCAGUAUCAUGAGAACAAGGAUGUCGGUACACUUUCAAACUGGUCAUAUUCUUAAUACAAACUACUUUAUAUGGAUAUGAUGUUGCUCAUUAUAGGCCAAGUUGAUGAUAAUUGAGUUUCCUACUAGGUAAUAGCCUAUCAUGUACUGUAGCUGACGUGAGAGAUUAGUAAAAAAGGUAACAUCUUUUUGCCUCCUAUCUUUCCCCCAGUACAUCCACCACAGUCCGGGGAACUCUCGACGAGGCUUCGGCAUCGACUGUGCCAUACUGUCGUGCCAGGUGUACAUUGCCCAGAUCCUGGUUGCGUCUGCGCUGAGCGCGGUUGUGGACGCGGUGGACAGCGUGCGGGUCAUCCCAAUGAUGGCCUCUGGAGGCUCCUUCCUUGGCUUCCUCACCGCCACCUUCCUGGUCAUCUACCCAGACUCCUCCACUCCCACCACUACGCAGGACCAGGAGGGUUAUGGAGAGGAGGGGGCUCAGGCCCUGGUGGCCCCAGAACCAGGCCCCAGCGGUAGCAGUAUACAGGAGGCAGUAGUCCUGCUCAAAACUACGCCCAAGGGCAGCAGCAGCACGGCAAACCACGAGUCCACUAUUUAA